CCUUCACUUCGGCCCAGUACGUAAAUUCCAACCAUUGUUCCGGUUUGGUUGUGAAUGUCAACAAUACAGGUGCCCGCUUGAAUAAGAGACUUAGUGAAGCUUCUUUCUACGUCUAAAUUGUCGUGCAUUGCGACUUUAAUAUCAAGAUGUCAAAAUCCCUCUGGGAUCUCGCAAUAACCCAGUCAAAUGCUGACAAAGAUGAAAAUCAAGCAUCAGAGGACUCUGCAGUCUUCAUCACAGGCAGCAAAAACUCAGGGAAAACAAGCAUAAUUCUGAGAUAUUUAGAUAGAGAUGAGCCUCCCAAGCCAACAGUAGCCCUGGAAUACACAUUUGGAAGACGUGCUAAAGGACACAACAUUGCAAAGGAUGUGGGUCACAUCUGGGAGCUGGGUGGAGGAACAUGGCUGUCUAAACUGAUGGAUAUACCCAUCAACCCAGAGACCAUAAUGCACACCUCCCUGGUGAUUGUCCUUGACCUGUCCACACCGACACAGAUGUGGUUCACGCUGGAGAGUCUUCUAACAGCAGCGCGAUCCCGCGUGGAGAACGUCAUUGCCGAGAUGAAACAGGCUGAUCCUCACAUCAGAGACAAACUGAAAAAGAUUGCCUGGGAAAGAAUCGGGGAAGAACACCCGGACAAGAGUAUGAUUGAUCCCUUCCUGAUGCCUCUGGUCAUUGUAGGGAGCAAAUAUGAUGUGUUUCAGGACUUUGACUCUGAGAAGCGGAAGGUGAUAUGCAAGACUCUGAGAUUUGUGGCUCACUCCCAGGGUGCAUCUCUGCAGUUCUUCAGCAUCAAGAUGGAGACCACUGUUAAACGGAUGCAAGGUAUCAUCAAUCAUCACCUGUUCCGGACAAACCCAAGUAAAAACAUGCAGGUCGAGCAUAAUAAGCCUCUGUUUGUCCCGGCAGGACUGGACUCUCUGCAGACCAUUGGCAACCCCCCACUCUCAGACGAUGACAUAGGACGUGUACAUGCAAGGACUCCAAUGGACCUGUGGAAGAAGGCGUUUACUGGGCACUUUCCUCAAGAGAUGAAUGUUGACGGGGAGAACACCAACAACCCAGCAAUUGUGGAAGACCCAGCCAAGGAUCCCCAGUUUGUGGAGGCUGCCAUCGAUACACUUCGAGCGCAGAAAGAUGAAGAACUGGAGCGAUACAGACGUCUGGCUGAACGCAGAUCAAGGGAGACAACCACAUAUUAGUCAUUAUUAUUUCAAUUCCAUGGCAUCCGGAUACCACAGAGUUCUGUAUCCAGCAGACCAAUAGGGCGUCGGCAGCCUCGUAUCACUCACCAGUGUCUGCGUCUGUACAUCGUCUCCUCCACCUCCAUCUCACUAGGGAAUAUGUGCCUUCAUACUGUCACUUCUCUUCAAGACAUCAGAUUGCUGUUAACUUGAUCACUGAUUGUAAGUUGAAGAUAUUUCCCAGACCUGACGAUUUAUAUUUAGCCAUUUAGGCAGAUAAAAAAUAUUGAAUGAAAAUCUGAAUAUUAUGGCAAGGAUGUACACAUGUUGUUAUUGGGAUCAGACAGUUUUUGUUGUACAAAUAUUAAAGAUGAUGAAUGAACUUUGUUGGAGUCAUUGAAUUACCAUAUUCUGUUUCCAUGGUAAUAAUAUUUAGCAUUGUUUGUUCAUUGUAUGUCAAGUAUCAUGGAAAAAAUAAAAUAAUCUUAAAUUUUAAACACUUGUGAUUGUAAGGAAUGUGAUAUAGGUACCUGUGGUCAUUUUGGUCUGUACAUUUGGAUGAACAGUAAGAUGACUUGAUGGCAUUUGUGAAACCUUGUUUCUUCCUUUAAAAUACAUGAAACAUUCAUACAUUCGGAGGCUAUGAAGGUGAUUGGGUGUUCUGAAUCUGACUUUGUGACAACACUAUGAUCAGCUCAUUUGGUGAUGUAUUUUCAACAAAAUUACAUGAUUGCUUACAAAUCACAAAAUGCACACCUCCAACAAGUUGUAUCUAGGCUUACUUAAACCAGUGCCCUGACUGUUUGGUCAUGUGACUGUUUGGUCAUGUGACUGUGUGGUCAUGUGACUGUAGGAUCAUAUUGGUGUUGUUAAUAAACGCAAUCCACAGGC